AUGUCUCGAUCGCGGAAAGACAAGACAAAAGCUGAAGUGAGCGCCAACGUUAGGGUGUGCGUCCGCACACGCCCCCUGUUCGACGCCGAGAAGAAGGAGGCGCCAUGUGUGAAGACGUCGGUAGCCGAGAAGAAUCUAACGAUAAGGGGGAAAAUUUAUGGACCCUUUGAUCAAGUUUUCAACGAAGGCGCAACCCAACCGGAUGUUUACGAGAAAGUGGCCCGCCAGAACGUCGAACUUGUCCUCCAGGGAUACAACUGUACGAUUUUCGCUUAUGGACAGACCGGUACCGGGAAGACGUACUGCAUGGAGGGUGGCGCUGACAAGGCUUACAGCGGCAAUUGGAAAACUGACCCCCAUCUCGGCAUCAUCCCCAGAGCCAUUGAGCAGAUCUUCAACAGCUUGGAGACCGAGGGCGCAGAAGAAUACUGCAUCCGCGUGUCAUACGUGGAACUCUACAAUGAGGAGCUGUACGAUCUGCUCGCCGCCACGUAUGAAGAUUCUCAGCGCAUCCGGCUCUACGAGGACCCCGCCAAGAAAGGAUCCGUAAUCGUCUCUGGGGCUGAGGAGGUGCCCGUGCGCACACGUGAAGAAGUCUUCAAACUACUACAAAGAGGCGCCGCCCGCAAGACGAUGGCCGAAACGCUGAUGAAUAACCGAUCCAGCCGCUCACACUGCGUCUUCGUCGUGAAUGUGGUGGUGCGCGAGACAACGCUUGAAGGCCAAGAGCUCGUGCGACAAGGAAAGCUCAACCUCGUUGAUCUGGCGGGAUCCGAGUCGAUCGGUCGGAGCGGUGCAUGCGGACAAAGGGCAAAGGAGGCCGGCAACAUCAACCAGUCACUGCUUACCCUGGGCCGCUGCAUCACCUCCCUUACGACAAACGCUGGGCACAUCCCAUACAGAGAAUCAAAACUGACGCGUCUGCUGCAGGAUUCGCUGGGCGGCUCGACAGUGACGACAAUCAUCGCAACCAUUUCUCCAUCAGCGGCCAAUUUUGAAGAAACAUUGUCGACGCUCGAGUACGCAAGCCGAGCCAAGAACAUUCGAAACCAUCCGGAAAUCAACGAAAAAAUGUCUCGGAAGGCGAUGCUCAAGGAGAUGUCGGACGUCAUCGAAAAAUUGCAACGCGACCUGCGCAAUGCUCGCGAGAAGAACGGCAUCUUCCUUUCGGAGGAAUCGUAUGCCGGAAUGGAGGAUCAGAUCAAGGCGCAGCAAAAGACGAUCGAGGAGUUGGAGGGCCAACUGGAGGGCAUGAUGGGCCGACUGCAAGCGCUGGUCGAAGACAUGGCCAUGAUGGAUGAGCAAUAUCGCGCUCUCUACGAACGAAAGCGGCAGGUGGAAGAUCGUCUGGCAAAGCGGGUUGAGGAAGUGGAGACGACGAAAAAGGAACUCAUCGAAUCCAAUAAGCGUGGAGUGGCCCUAAAAGCCACGCUGGAUGAGAUGCAUGAGGUGGCGCUCCGACUCCGCUUUCAGUCCCAACAACUGCAGCGUACAGCGUUCGACUCCGUGUCCGACCUCGAAGGCGUCUGGCGAAAGGUCGGCGCCUUGGCUCUCCUCGCCCAACGCAACGUUGAAGCGAUGGAAUCGAUGGUUGGGGAACUGAUGGGGAAGGCCUCGACGAUCUCUACGCUCAGCACAAACGGUCAAGAAUCCCUUGAGUCGGACGGCGGGGCGUUGAAGGCGCUAAUAGAGGACAAUGGGCGGUCCAUCAACAGCACACUCGAGCAGUGGAGUCAACAAUCUGAGGUGCUGGAUGCUGACUUUGAGCAAUUGCAUGCUGCCAUUGCGGCCGACAACGAUGGACUGCGCGCGAACGGUGAAGCUCACCUCGCCAAAUGGGCCGCUGAGGACACCGUGCGCCAGACGGAAAUGGCCCGCCUCGUUGCCGAGGGGCUCGACAGGCUGCAAGCGUUCAAGGCCGAUUCAUCAAGAAAGUUUGCCGAGUUAGCCGCUUCCCAAGCCACCGCACGCCAGAAGCUGCAAGAUGUUUUGGACGCGGAGAAAAGUCGGGUGGCCGCGGCGACUUCGCAACAUGAGGACCGUCGCCAACAAGUCGACGCCAUUGUAGCUGCAUACACCCAGCAGGCGAUCAAACAAGCCGAAGACGUUGCCUCGCGCGUCGCGUCGCUACUGCGAGAAGAAUCCGAGGCGUCAACCAUGGAAUCUAAAAUAAGUGCCCAAUUCUUUGACACCACCGCCGCGCAGCUGGAUGUCGACGCCACGACGGGUGCUACCAAGAUCGACGAGUUUACGAGGGACAUGCAAACGUUUGCCGACGAGCGCGCUAGCAUAAGCGAAAAAAUGCGCGCCGAUUUGACCCUGGCCAAGAAAACUACUAGCCAACAUCUUUCGACCAUGGGCCAAAUGCUGGUCAAUUCCAACGCAGCAAUCGGUACAGCGCUGAAGGGGUCAGGCGAGAAGCACACCGCGCUGCAGCAAGAAGGUGGUCGUGCCCGCGCAGCCGUCGCUGAGGCUCUGGCCAGCUGCAGCCUGGCCGUCGACAAGACGAUCUCCGGACAGGUCGAGUCCGGCGCAGCGAACAGCCGGCAGAUCAUCGUCGUAGCGUCAGAGAUCGAAUCCCUGGCCACGCAGCACCGCGAUACCGACAUCGUGCGGCCUGUCAAAUCUGGCGGAACCCCCGUGAAGAGAUCUUACGAGGUGCUCGCAGAGUGCGAGUUUGUGCCAAGAAUCGACAAAAUGCUCGUGGAACACGGAUACGACGCCCCGGCCCGCCGCUCUCUAUACAUGACACGUGAUUCCAUCCUACUCGCCGACCAAAACGUCAUGUCGCCGGCCGCCGUCCAAGCCAACAAGAAGUCGCGGCUCGAGCAACUGAACGAGGAAGAGGAAGUGCUGGAUGCGGCCAGCGGAAGCAAGCCCAAGUUCAGCGACGACGAGGUGGAGACCCUGAGCGCCGUGCGCAACAACGUCACCUCUCGGCGCCCCCUCUCCACGAACAACCAA